AUGGAAACUGGGACUAAUGCUAUAGCUGAUAGCGGUGAAAACAGCUGGUUUAAGGUUAUAACAAGGCAAGCUGUGACUUCAAAUUAGGCUAAACAGCUAGGAUCGAAGUAGUAAUCGAGUGGCCAAAUAGUUCGUUAGCCGAAUAGGACGUUCUAGGAAGCUUGUCCGUAGUAAAUGUGCGUGUAUCGUUAACAGAAGAGCCAUCUUUUAUGUGACACUACGCAACAACACGGCCUCAACCGUCAUAUACUAAACAUAGUUUCGUAUAUAGCCGUGUUAACUAAUCUCGGCAAUUUCUCGGCAUGGGAGAUACGAAUGCUAGCGAGCUACGAGUAAUAUUACGGCGUCUGAAAUCGGUUCGACAGAUGAUAUGUCAACAAACAUGCCAUAAAUAAAAUGGCCUAAAAAUUGACCACCAGCUUUUGCGGGCGGGCGAAACAAAACGAGCAAGUCUUUCCACGUCAGCGAGUGCCAUGCGAAAGGAUACUACGCGGAUUUACUGCUCCACCUCUGAACUUUUGGGCCUGAGAUGACAUUCGGCGUCCCCAAGAAGCAAAAAAUCGAGUUCUACGUGCUCGGCAAAAUGACAACAUCGGACUCCCCACCAAAUCAACAACCAUCAGUGUUGACAUUUUCCAUAGAGCGAUUAAUAGGCCCCGCAUCUGGCCCAACUCCAAUACCUGGCCCACCUCACUCUUUGUUGAAUCCUCUCAUAGACCCGUUACACAGUAGCUACUUCAAUACACUUAACAACCUCUAUACUAACCACUGGCUUAACCCCAUGCAAGCUGCGGCCCUUAGCUAUAUGCAGUCGACUGAAGAUUAUCGCCUUUGGACCGAACGUUACGAUGCGCUGAAGAUUACAACAAACAGAGAUGCAUCUCUAGAGGAGAUAAAUACGCCAUCUACACCAGGAAGCUCUAUUAAAAAAGAGCACAACGGAGCAGCCCUAGGCAACUCGGUACCUAAAACCUUCCCGUGCCCUGAAUGCGGAAAGGUCUUCAACGCACACUACAAUUUAACACGGCAUAUGCCUGUGCAUACUGGCGCUCGGCCAUUCGUGUGUAAAGUGUGUGGUAAAGGAUUCAGACAAGCUUCAACACUUUGUCGCCAUAAGAUCAUUCAUACCGCUGAAAAACCCCAUAAAUGCCAAACGUGCGGAAAGGCAUUCAAUCGUAGCUCUACCUUAUCGACACACAUCCGCAUUCACGUUGGUUUCAAGCCAUGGGUGUGCGAAUUUUGCGGAAAGGGCUUCCAUCAAAAGGGUAAUUACAAAAAUCAUCGUCUAACGCACACGGGCGAAAAGUCGUAUAAAUGUCACAUAUGCCAAAAGGCUUUCCAUCAAAUUUACAAUCUGACGUUCCACAUGCACACUCACAACGACACAAAACCAUAUACCUGUAAGGAGUGCGGCAAAGGUUUCUGUAGAAACUUCGACUUAAAGAAACAUCUGCGUAAGAUUCAUGAUGUUCCAGAGAAUCAACUCGGCUCGGAUGAUGAUAGUAAGUCAGGACCAUUCAAAGAUGAAGAUGAUCCCUACAAUGAUGAUCCUAUUGUAGACGUAUGAUUGAUGGGCGCGUUUCGGCUUUGCUAUAUUUUUCGUAUGGAUCAGGAAAUAUCGUUCUCGGAGAGAAGGUCCCGCUACUGUAUAAUAUUGUAGUGAUAGAGGUGGCCCCUAAUCCUACAAAAAAUAUAUAAACACCGCUACAAAUCAUAUUUGAAAUAUGAAAUGGGAACACACAAAAUUAAGUGAAAAGCCGCGCCGAGCUAAAUUUAAUCUAUAAACUACGUAUGCAUGUAUUACAAAGAAAAGGUACAGAAUAUAAAUGAUACAUGUACAAAAUAGAACAAGCUAACUUUGCUUGGAAUUAAAAAAGGAUAAAAUGAAUAGAUCAUUCCCUAGGAAAUCGGGAAAACUGCUGCAAUUAUAACGACGACGAUGAUGUAAGUACACCGAGUGUCCUAGAAGUCUCGAGGGAAAUGAUGCUAAUGUACAGAGGCAAAUCAUACAUGUGAAUAA